GUCCCUUCAGCGAGUGGCUCAGUCCCUGGUGGGGCGCGGCGGUGGUAGGUGUCGGUGGAUGGUGUUUCCGAGCUGACGUGGCUUAGAUUGGGAGGGGGGCCGCUGGAGCCCCCCAUCUCAGUCGCUUCUAGCCAUUAUUGCCAGAAUUCCUAUCUUCAUCCCAGUGCUGGUGAAGUCAAAGAUAAAACCAAUCUACAGCUUCUACAAUAGCCAUCACUGAACUGCUUGCAGAACUUGCCUGGACACAUUGUGAGCUCACCUGAAGUACCUCAGGAAUUGGACAUGGAACUUAAUAGUAGAACAGAAGAGGAUGUUUUGGAGCGACUGGCUUAUGCAGAACAGUUGGUGGUGGAGCUAAAAGAAAGUAUUAGACAGAAGGAUAUUCAACUGCAGCAGAAGGAUGAAGCUCUACAGGAGGAAAGAAAAACUUCUGAUGACAAAAUUAAAAAAAUCAAAUUUCGUGCAAAAGCAAAAUUAACUGCUUUGAAUAAACACAUAGAAGAAAUGAAGGCACAAGGAGGAACUGUUCAGCCUCCAGAAUCUCAGUCAAAAGAGUCAUUCUCCAAGCAUGACAGAAGUUCUACAGAGGAAGAAAUGAAAAUGGAAAAUAUCAAACAUGAACUCCAGGAGAAGGAGAAACUAAUUAGCAGUUUGCAAGCCCGGCUUACUGAGGCAGAACAAGCUGCCCAGUUGAGUUCCAUGCAGCAGGUGGUCCGAGAGAAAGAUGCCCGCUUUGAAACACAAAUUCGUCUUCAUGAAGAUGAGCUUCUUCAGUUAGUAACCCAGGCAGAUGUGGAAACAGAGAUGCAACAGAAAUUGAAGAUGCUGCAGAGGAAGCUUGAAGAGCAUGAAGAAGCCCUGUCGGGCCGUGCUCAGGUAGUGGACUUGCUACAGCAGGAACUGACUGCUGCUGAGCAGAGAAAUCAGAGUCUCUCUCAGCAGUUACAGCAGAUGGAAAGUGAACAUAAUAUUUUAAGGAACACUAUGGAAAUAGAAAGACAAGAGUCCAUGGUUCUGAAGGAAAAAAUGGAACUUGAAAUGGCAGAGAGAAAAUUAUCCUUUCAUAACCUGCAGGAAGAGGUGCAACACCUUAUGGGACAGAUUGAACAAGCAGGCCAAGUCCAGGCUGAACUGGAGUCUCAAUAUUUUGCUUUGGAGCAGAAGUACAAAGCAGAAAUAGACGAGAAGACUGUUUGCAUUUUGAAUCUUCAAAAGACUGAGCAAGAGCUACAAUCUGCCUGUGAUGCUCUAAAGGAUGAAAAUUUAAAACUUCUCCAAGAUAAGAAUGAGCAGGCAGUUAAGUCAGCCCAGGUCAUUCAACAGCUGGAAGAUCAACUCCAGCAAAAAUCUGAAGAAAUUAACCAAUUUCUAAGUAAACCAACCUUUCAAAAACAUGAAAAUGCAUCACAGACUUCUUUCCCAGAUAUUUCUGAUGAGGGCACACAGGCAGUCACUGAGGAGACUAUUGCCUCUUUGCAGAAGAGAGUGGUAGAGCUAGAGAAUGAAAAGGGAGCCUUACUCCUUAGUUCUAUAGAGCUGGAGGAGCUGAAAGCUGAGAAUGAAAAACUGUCUUCUCAGAUUACUCUUCUGAAGACUCAGAAUAAAACUGAGGAGGCAGACAGUGAAGUCCGUGAGAUCAGCAUGGUUGAUAUUACCAUAUCAAAGAAGAGCAGCGCUUCUACCGAGGAAAGUGGACAAGAUGUUCUAGAGAACACAUUUUCUCAGAACCAUAAAGAAUUAUCAGUUUUAUUGUUGGAAAUGAAAGAAGCUCAAGAGGAAAUUGCAUUUCUUAAAUCUCAGCUCCAGGGCAAAAGGGCUGAGGGGGACCCUGAGAUCCCUGACCAGAAAGAAGUGCAACAGAUGGAGGGUGAGGGAGUACCUCCAGUUAGAAUGCAAGUAUGUCUUGAAAAUACAGCACAAAAUUUUCCCUUAGUGCCAGAUGAAGAGAGCAGUGUUCCAGUAGUUGAAAAAGAAGAAGAGGCGAGCACUGAACUUCAAAAUACAACAUCUGAGGAAAUAUCUUUAAAUGACACUGGAAUAGAAAUUAAAUCAUCAGAGCAGGGUGAUGCUGAUAAAUCCCCUUCUGCUGUGUCAGAUGUGGGUCAGUGUCACCACGAUGAGAUAGAAAGGCUAAAAAGUCAAAUUUUGGAGAUUGAGACAAGCUUUCAUAAAGCAGAAGAAAUAUACGAGAAAAAUUUAGAUGAGAAAGCUCAGGAAAUCAGCAGCCUAACCCAACUGAUUGAGGAGUUUAAAAAGAAUGCUGAAGACACCAGCAGUGCACUCACUGCUUUGUCUGAAGAAAGAGACCAACUUCUUACUCAGGUGAAGGAGCUUAAUGUCUUAGCAGAGCUGAGGGCUCAGGUGAAACAACUGGAAACCAACCUUGCAGAAGCAGAAAAACAAAGACGACUUGACUAUGAAAGUCAGACAACUCAGCACAACCUGUUCACUGAACAGAUCCACAGUCUUAACAUAGAAGCCAAAUCCAAAGAUGUGAAAAUUGAAGCUUUACAGAAAGAACUGGAUGAUGUGCAGCUUCAGUUUUCUGAGCAGAGUACACUGAUGAAAAGCUUGCAAAGUCAGCUGCAGAAGAAGGAAAGUGAGGUGCUUGAGGGGGCAGAACGUGUGAGGGGCAUCUCCAGUAAGAUGGAAGAACUGUCACAGGCUCUGUCACAAAAGGAACUUGAAAUAGCAAAAAUGGAUCAACUCUUACUGGAGAAAAAGAGAGACGUGGAAACCCUCCAGCAAACCAUUGAAGAGAAGGAUCAGCAAGUGACAGAAAUCAGCUUCAGCAUGACAGAGAAAAUGGUUCAGCUGAAUGAAGAGAAGUUUUCUCUUGGAGUUGAAAUUAAGACUCUCAAAGAACAGCUGAAUUUAUUAUCCAGAGCUGAAGAAGCAAAAAAAGAACAAGUUGAAGAAGAUAAUGAAGUUAUUUCUGGCCUUAAACAUAAUUAUGAUGAGUCAAGCCCAGCAGGGCUAAUAAAUAAAGAAGAACUACAGCAUGAAUUAGACCGCCUAAAGAAGGAAAGUGAGCAGAGGAAGAGAAAGCUACAGGCAGCUCUUAUUAACAGAAAGGAACUUCUACAAAGAGUCAGUACAUUAGAAGAGGAAUUGGCCAAAGUGAGAGAUGAAUCUAGGAAAGAGAUUCCACUCAGUGAGAGUGAGAGAAGGGAAAUGGAAGAAGACAAGGAGAACAAAGAAGACUCAGAAAAAUGUGUGACUUCUAAAUGCCAAGAAAUAGAAAUUUAUUUGAAACAGACAAUUUCUGAAAAAGAAAUGGAACUACAGCAUGUAAGGAAGGAUUUGGAAGAAAAGAUGGCAGCAGAAGCACAAUUACAGGCUGUAGUCCAACAGAUGAAUCUAAACUUGCAAGAUAAAGCAAACCAAAUAGAUUUGCUCCAAGCAGAAAUUAUUGAAAAUCAAGCAGUUAUCCAGAAGUUAACCACAGGGGCCAAGGAUGCAGGUGAUGGAGGCUGUACCACACCUGUAAAAGGAACAGUGGUGAGCAGUCCACCUGCCGCAGGUAGUGGAGAACAUUGGAAACCUGAACUGGAAGAAAAGAUACUGGAACUUGAAAAAGAAAAGGAGCAACUUCAAAAGAAGCUUCAGGAAGUCUUAACCUCACGUAAGGCAAUUCUUAAAAAGGCACAGGAGAAGGAAAGACAACAUAGGGAGGAGCUAAAGCAACAGAAAGAUGACUAUAAUCACUUGCAAGAACAGUUUGAUAUGCAAAGCAAGGAAAAUGAGGACAUUGAAGACCAGCUAAGGCAGCUCCAAAUUCAACUAAGGGAGUCCAUAGACAGAAAACUUCCAGGCACUGACCAGCAGGAACUGCACUAUCCUACUCAAGGUUUAUUCAAAGCCACAGAACAGCAUCCCACUCAAGCUACUUUAGAGUCUGACUUGUGCCCACACUUAGUUUCUCAACACGGAGAUGCAAAUACUCUACAGGGCCAUACUUCUAUUGCCCAAAUUAAGGCUUAUCUGAAAGAAAUAGAAGCUGAGAAAGAAGAGUUAAAAUUGAAAGUAAGUUCUACAACAAGUGAGCUUACUAAAAAGUCAGAAGAAGUAUUUCAGUUAAAAGAGCAAAUAAACAAACAGGGUUUCGAAAUCCGGAGUCUGAAGGAAGUAUCCCAUGAAACUGAAGCCCACACAGAAACCCUGAGGCAGAAAUUGGAAAGCAGUCAACUAGAAAUUGCUGGCCUAGAACACCUGAGAGCAUUACAGCCCAAACUAGAUGAACUCCAAAAUCUCAUUAGCCAAAAGGAAGAAGAGGUUAGCCACCUCUCUGGACAGCUGAGCGAGAAAGAAAAAAACCUUACUAAAGUACAGACAGAAAUGAUAGAACAGGAGGACUUAAUUAAGGCUCUGCAUACACAGUUGGAAAUGCAAGCCAAAGAGCAUGAAGGGAGGUUAAAGCAGUUACAGGUGGAAAUUUGUGAAAUGAAGCAGAAAUCAGAAGACUUUGUAGAAGAAAAUAAAACAAAGCAACUAAUACAAAGGAAACUGCAAGCUGCACUUAUUUCCCGAAAAGAAGCACUCAAAGAAAACAGAAGUCUCCAAGAAGAGUUGUCUUUGGCCAGAGAUACCAUCGAACGCCUCACCAAGUCUCUGGCAGAUGUGGAAAGCCAACUUUCUGCUCAAAAUAAAGAAAAAGAUACACUCUUAGGAAAGUUAGCUCUUCUUCAGGAAGAAAGAGACAGACUCAUUACAGAAAUGGAUAGAUCCUUACUAGAAAAUCAAAAUCUCAGUGGCUCUUGUGAAAGUCUGAAACUAGCUCUAGAGGGUCUUACUGAAGAGAAGGAAAACUUAGCGAAGGAAAUUGAAUCUCUAAAGUGCUCUAAGAUUGCAGAAAGCACAGAAUGGCAAGAGAAACACAAAGAAUUACAGAAAGAGUAUGAGAUUCUUCUGCAGUCCUAUGAGAAUGUUAGUAAUGAAGCAGAAAGGAUUCAGCAUGUAGUAGAAACCGUGAGGCACGAAAAGCAAGAACUGUAUGGCAAAUUGAGAAGCUUAGAAGCCAAUAAGAAAGAGACAGAAAAGCAGUUGCAAGAAGCUGAACAAGAAAUGGAGGGAAUGAAGGAAAAAAUGAGAAAGUUUGCUAAAUCUAAACAACUGAAAAUCAUAGAGCUAGAAGAAGAGAAUGACCGGCUUCGAGCAGAAGCGCACCCUGCAGGAGAUACAGCAAAAGAAUGCAUGGAAGCACUUCUUGCUUCUAAUUCCAACAUGAAGGAGGAACUAGAAAGGGUCAAAACAGAGUAUAAUACCCUUUCAAAGGAGUUUGAGGCUUUAAUGGCUGAGAAAGACAGUUUAAGUGUAGAGGUUCAAGAUUUAAAACAUCAGGUAGAAGAUAAUGUAUCUAAACAAGCUAGCCUUGAGGCCACUGAGAAACCGGAAAACCAACAGGAUAUCACUGAAGGGCCAACACAGCCUGUACCAGGUGAGGAUCAAGGGCAAGACUCUCCAAGUAUGAGCACAGAGCCUGAAGGCGCCGAAGCUGUUCUAUCAGAGAACAGUGCCAAACCGGACAUUGGUGAGAAUUUUAGUUCCCAUGAUGAGAUUAAUAACUAUCUACAGCAACUUGAUCAGUUUAAAGAAAGAAUUGCUGAAUUAGAGGAAGAAAAACAGAAAGGCAAAGAACUUAGUCAGUCUCUGGAAGAUGAGAAAAAUGCCUUACUGAGUCAAAUAUCAGCAAAGGAUAGCGAACUAAAACUGCUUCAGGAAGAAGUAACCAAAAUAAACCUGUUAAACCAGCAAAUCCAAGAAGACCUCUCCAGAGUUACCAAACUAAAGGAGACAGCAGAAGAAGAGAAAGAUGACUUAGAAGAGAGGCUCAUGAAUCAAUUGGCAGAACUUAAUGGAAGCAUUGGGAAUUACUAUCAGGAUGUUACAGAUGCCCAAAUAAAAAAUGAGCAACUGGAAUCUGAAAUGCAGAACCUUAAAAGGUGUGUGAGUGAAUUGGAAGAGGAAAAACAACAGUUGGUCAAGGAGAAAACGAAGGUAGAAUCAGAAAUACGAAAGGAAUAUUUAGAGAAAAUACAAAGUGCUCAGAAAGGACCUAGCAAUAAAAGCCAUGCAAAGGAACUUCAGGAGCUGUUGAAAGGAAAACAACAAGAACUAAAGCAGCUGCAGAAAGACUGCAUCCGAUAUCAAGAGAAGAUUAGUGCUCUGGAGAGAACUGUUAAGGCUCUAGAAUUUGUUCAGACUGAAUCUCAAAAGGAUUUGGAAAUAACCAAAGAAAAUUUGGCACAAGCAGUUGAACACCGCCAAAAGGCACAAGCAGAAUUAGCUAGCUUCAAAGUGCUGCUGGAUGACACGCAAAGUGAAGCAGCAAGAGUCCUAGCAGACAAUCUCAAGCUGAAAAAAGAACUUCAGUCAAAUAAGGAAUCAGUGAAAAGCCAAAUGAAACAAAAGGAUGAAGAUCUUGAGCGAAGACUGGAGCAGGCCGAAGAGAAACACCUGAAAGAGAAGAAGAAUAUGCAAGAGAAACUGGAUAAUUUACAUAGAGAAAAAGUUCACUUGGAAGAGACUCUUGGAGAGAUUCAGAUGACUUUGAACAAGAAAGACAAGGAACUGAAGCAACUGCAGGAGAACUUGGACAGUACUGUGGCCCAGCUCGCAGCCUUCACUAAGAGUAUGUCUUCCCUCCAGGAUGAUCGGGACAGGGUGAUAGAUGAAGCCAAGAAAUGGGAGAGGAAGUUUGUUGAUGCCAUUCAAACCAAAGAAGAAGAAAUUAGACUCAAAGAGGAAAACUGCAGUGUUCUAAGAGACCAGCUCAGACAGAUGUCCAUCCAUAUGGAGGAAUUGAAGAUCAACAUUUCCAGGCUUGAACAUGACAAGCAGAUUUGGGAAUCCAAGGCCCAGACAGAGGUUCAGCAUCAACAGAAGGUCUGUGAGGCUCUACAGGGGGAAAACAAAGAACUUUUGUCACAGCUUGAAGAGACUCGGCACCUAUACUACAAUUCUCAGAAUGAAUUAACUAAGUUGGAAUCAGAACUUAAGAUUUUCAGAGACCAGUCAACUGAUUUAAAUAACUCUUUAGAAAAAUGUAAGGAACAUAAAGAAACUCUGGAAGGGAUCAUAAAACAACAAGAAGCUGAUAUCCAAAAUUGUAAGUUCAAGUAUGAACAAGUAGAAACUGAUCUCCAGGCCUCUCAAGAACUGACCAGCAGGCUGCAUGAAGAAAUAAAUAUGAAGGAUCAGAAGAUUGAAAGCCUGCUUUCUGGCAAGGAAGAGGCAGUCCAAAUAGCUAUUGCUGAAUUGCAUCAGCAGCAUGAUAAAGAAAUUAAAGAACUGGAAAACCUGCUGUCCCAAGAGGAAGAGGAGAAUAUCGUCUUAGAAGAAGAAAACAAAAAAGCUGUUGACAAAACCAAUCAGCUUAUGGAAACAUUGAAAACCAUCAAAAAGGAAAACACUCAGCAGAAAGCUCAAUUGGAUUCCUUUGUUAAAUCCAUGUCUUCACUUCAGAAUGACCGAGACCGCAUAGUAAGUGACUAUCAACAGCUGGAAGAGCGACAUCUCUCUAUAAUCUUGGAAAAAGACCAACUCAUCCAGGAAGCUGCUGCUGAGAAUAAUAAGCUUAAGGAAGAAAUUCGAGGCUUAAGAAGUCAUAUGGAUGAUCUCAAUUCUGAGAAUGCCAAGCUGGAUGCAGAACUGAUCCAGUAUAGGGAAGACCUGAACCAGGUGAUAUCAAUAAAAGACUCUCAGCAAAAGCAACUCCUUGAAGUUCAACAUCAGCAAAAUAAGGAGCUGAAAAAUGAGUGUGCUAAGUUAGAAGAAAAGCUAAAGGAGUCCGAGAAAACAAAGGAGGGUCUGCAGAGGUCCUCUGCUGCCCUCCAAGAGGAGAAACAAAGUUUAUAUAAAGAGAUUGAAAGCUUGAAAGUAUCCAUAUCCCAACUAAAUAGGCAAGUGACAACCUUGCAAGAAGAAGGUACUUUAGGUAUGUACCACACCCAAUUAAAAGUAAAAGAGGAGGAGGUUCAGAGGUUAAGUGCAAUACUUUCCUCCUCUCAGAAGAGAAUUACAGAAUUGGAAGAGGAAUUGGUUCGUGUUCAAAAGGAAGCUACCAGGAAGGUAGGCGAAAUUGAAGAUAAACUGAAAAAGGAAUUAAAGCACCUUCAUCAUGAUGCGGGGAUAAUGCGAAAUGAAACUGAAACAGCAGAAGAGAGGGUGGCGGAGUUAGCAAGAGAUCUGAUGGAGAUGGAACAGAAAUUACUCGUGGUCACCAAAGAAAAUAAAGAUCUCACAGCACAAAUUCAGUCUUUUGGAAGGUCUAUGAAUUCCUUGCAAGAUAGUAGAGAUCAUGCCAACGAGGAGCUUGAUGAACUGAAAAGGAAAUAUGAUGCCAGCCGGAAGGAGGUGGCCCAACUAAGAGAGCAAAUGGGCCUCCUACACAGAGAGAGCGAUGCGCUUCUUUCUCAAACAGGCUUUCACUUGAACAGCACUGAAGAGAACGGCUUGUCUCGCCUUGAGAAACUUAACCAACAGCUCAUAUCCAAAGAUGAACAACUGAUUCAAUUAUCCUCACAACUAGAAGAUUCUUACAACCAGGUGCAGUCCUUUUCCAAGACUAUGGCCAGUCUACAGAAUGAGAGAGAUCACCUGUGGAAUGAGCUGGAGAAAUUCCGAAAGUCAGAGGAUGGGAAGCAGAAGUCUGCAGCCCAUCCUGUCUCCAGCCCCGCUGAAGUACAAAGUUUGAAAAAAGCAAUGUCUUCACUCCAAAAUGACAGAGACCGACUACUGAAGGAAUUGAAGAAUCUGCAGCAGCAGUACUUACAGAUUAAUCAAGAGAUCAUUGAGUUACGUCCACUGAAGGCUCAACUUCAGGACUAUCAAGAUAAGACAAAAACAUUCCAGAUUAUGCAAGAAGAACUCAGGCAGGAAAACAUCUCCUGGCAGCAUGAGCUGCAUCAGCUCAGGAUGGAGAAGAGUUCCUGGGAAAUGCAUGAGAGGAGAAUGAAGGAGCAGUACCUUAUGGCUAUCUCAGAUAAAGAUCAGCAGCUCAGUCACCUGCAGAAUCUUUUAAGGGAAUUCAGGUCUUCAUCCCAGACUCAGACCCUCAAAGCACAAUACCAAAGACAGGCAUCCCUACAGACAUCAACUUCCCUUGAGGGAUCACAAAACCUAGUUUAUGAGACAGAACUUCUCAGGACCCAGCUCAAUGAUAGUUUAAAGGAAAUUCACCAAAAAGAAAUAAGAAUUCAGCAAUUGAACAGCAAGUUCUCUCAGCUCCUUGAAGAGAAAAACACCCUCUCCAUUCAGCUAUGUGAUACUAGUCAGAGUCUUCGUGAGAACCAGCAGCACUACACUGACCUUUUUAAUCACUGUGCAGUCUUGGAGAAGCAGGUCCGAGAUCUGCAGGCGGGGCUACCACAUGUAGAUGUUGCUCCAGGAGCUCCCCAGGAAAAGAAUGGAGUUCACAGAAAGAGUGAUCCUCAGGAAGCAAGGGAGCCACAGCAAAGCUUUUCUGAAGCCCAGGAGCAGCUGUGCAAUACCAAACAGGAAGUGAGUGAAUUAAGAAAGCUGCUGGAAGAAGAACGAGACCAAAGAAUAGCUGCAGAGAAUGCCCUCUCUCUGGCUGAAGAGCAGAUCAGAAGGCUGGAACACAACGAAUGGGAUUCUCCCCGGACUCCUAUCAUUGGCUCAUGUGGCACUCAGGAGCAGUCAUUCUUAAUAGAUAUCACGAGCAACAGCUGUCGAAGGACUCGGAGUGGUGCUGGAUGGAAGCGGGUCCUGCGGUCACUCUGUCAUUCACGAACCCGAGUGCCACUGUUGGCAGCCAUCUACUUUCUGAUGAUUCAUGUUCUACUUGUUCUGUGUUUCACAGGACACCUAUAAACUUAGUUGUCACUUUUUGGACCGUACCCCUCAGAACUUGGAAGUCUGUCACCUCUAUUGCCAUAAUUAUCUAUUCCAGUGGAACAGUCUUCCCAUUUACAGAUCAUCUCUCCACCUCUCCAAGAAAAGUGCCUGUAAAAACAGAGGUGGAAUGAGGACAGGUUGGAACUUCGGGGACUGGAGAGUCUGCUUUCUUCUACUGCCCAGGGCCCAAACACUCUGCUUAAUCUGAGACGCCUCACAGUUGGUUGGUUCAGAGUUUUGCAGGUCCUGAUGUUCUAUGGUCCUAUGAGAUACUGAGACAUGUCUUUCAACCAAGUCAAGAGAAUGGUCCUAAUAAACCUAAUAAUUUGAAUUUCAA